UUACAUAGAGAACAUUUGUAGACGAAAAAUUGUUUAUUGUGUACCAGCUGUUAUUCUUCUUCUUCCUCCACCAUCGAACUUUAUUAAAGUAUGUUUACUCGCUAUGAACGAUCCAAACAAAGCGAUCAGCGUAAAUUUAUCUUCAUUGCUUAGCCUGAAGGCGGAACUUUUGAGGAAACAGCAUGAAGUCAGAUUAGCAAAGGGCAUCCAGUCAUCGACCGCCGAUUUCAAGCCCACCAAGAGCAGCAGCGUCAAGGAAAAGUCCAAUGAUCGGGGCUACAAAAAAGUUGGGAGCACCGACAAUGGCGCAAAGGUGUACGAGGCGGAGGACCAUGCUCAGUUGGAAAAGUCACGGCGCGUCCUUGAGGCCAAGAGCAAGUACUACGACAAAAUGAGCCGUAACGGCGGCAGCCUUAAUUCCGAUGACAACUGCUUGGUUAUGUUCAACCGCAAGAAACAGGAGGCUGACGAGGAACAGCCAAGGUCGAGCAGUGAAUCCCGUCGUCGGCUGAGCAGCGACAGUUCCAGCGAUGACGACCGCGGCCACGGCGAUGACGAUGACGAUGAUGAAGUAGAGUACUUAGAUUGCCUUGGUCGCACUAGGAAGUGUUCAAGGAAGGACCUAAAGGAGGCAAAAGAACGCGAUCGACAACUAGCUGAGAGCAUGCCGGAGCGCCUAGAUCAGACCAAGGCGAACUGGAUGAUAGAUACCAAAGGCAGCCUCCCUCAGAAAAGUUAUCACAAUAGCGACGAUGACGAUGACGGUGAUUCCUGCAUUGGACCACGGCCAUCGGAAAGUGUCUUCAGCGAUGCCCUGUCCACCAUGACCAAGCACGACGAGCAGCGCAUGAACUGGGAACGCAAGGAGCAAGAGAAUAUCGACAAACCCGAUGUCCACUACCAGGAUGUCUUCUUCGACGAGGCGCGCACUCAUGGCGUUGGUUACUAUGCCUUCUCAACGGACGAAGACGAACGCAGGAAGCAGCAGUUGGAAUUGGAGAAAGCCCGCAAGGCCACAACAGCGGAGCAGACCCGGCGAGACGAGAUACGUGCCAAGCGGGACAGGAUGGUGGCCGACCGUGUUCUAGCGGCCAAAAAUAGGAUACGUGCUCGCAACGGCUUGCCACCCAUCAGCAAGGAGCAGUAUGAGCGCGAGGAGCAGCAGAAGAAGGACGAAUCUGCUGCCGAAGCCGCAGAACGAGAGAGGGAUGAGCUAGAAAAAAAGGCUGCGAUUGCGAAAAAGAAAGCGAAAGAGGAGGCUGAACUUGAGGAAUUACGCAAGGAACACGUUCGCGAUUGGGAUAGGGAUAAACCUGGUGUUGCCAAGCGACGCGACUCAGAUAACGAAGAAAAACCUGAGGAGUGGAAGUACAAGGCCGAACGUCUACCCAUGUCCCAGGAGGAGUGGAACGAAAAGCAACGGGCCCAACGCCAGACAGAAUUUGCUCCCAUGCCAGAACCGGUUUCUCUCAAGCGCAGCAACUUUAGCAGCGUCCCACCGCCUCCGUCUUUGGUAUUAAGCAAUGACGAGGAGCCUGAGUUCCAUAACUUCCACAGCACUAAGAAGGAAAAGAAGUUUCAGCGACGGAACUAUAGCACGUACAACGAAGAUGAAAACGUUGAGGAACCGAGUACUUCCGGUCGUGGUGCUGCCAUACCUCCACCACCUGGAUUGGAUUGCACAAUUCCACCGCCACCAGCGAAGCGUCCCAAAUCCCAGGCCGAUCUUGAGCGUUCCAUCGAAGCAGGUCUAAAGUUUCUGCGGGAAAACUGUGACAAGGGAGUGCUGGGCAACAAGGCCACCUGGACAGCCAAGGCUGACUACUAAGUUAAUGCAACGCAUACCCUUCAUUUAUAGUUUAUUAUUAGUGUAAAGAAUACUUUAGAAAAACACAA